GAGAGAGAGAGAGAGAGAGAGAGGCAGGCAAAUACAGGAUAUGUGUCUCCAAGAGGGCUGUCAUAUUCAGACACACUUUCAUAUCCACUUAGUUGUUUUACUGUUGCAACAACUGGCGCAACAAGUCAUCCACAAACCAUUAGUAUUGGAAAUACCUGCUUAGUUGUCACUCACUGCUUUGAAUGGCACCAACUGAGCAUUUGAAGAUGAUGCGAUUGCUGUUCCUAUGUCUGCUGCUGCUGCCAGCUGCUACUGCUGUUUCAGAAGACAAUGAAGGAUCAGCUGAUGGCGAUUCGGAUGAUGAGGAUUUGAAUGCACUUGUAGUGAUUACAACUGAUCCCCCCACAGAUGAUAUUGCCUUAAUUGAUAAAGCCAAAAGUGUAGAAGACACAGCGGAUCACUUCACCCUGAUUGUUAUCGUUGUAGCUGUGACUGUGCUGACUCUUUCAGUUGCAACGAUAUCCACCAUAAUUUUAGUAAGACGCCACAUGCACAAUCGGCAGCAAGGGAUCUACUCCGUGCCUACAGAGCAGGACCAGAAAGUGUCCGUCUAGUUCCUGGUGGAGUCCUAUAACGCACAGACAAGAGAGGAGCAAUGCACCAGGCUAUGUCAUCUCCUACUCUUUGACUCAGGACAAUUACACUUCUUUGCACAACAGCCUGCUUCUCACCAUUCAGUUCAUUGCUCGCUCCUGCACAAACUCUUAUCAAUACAUAUGCAAUAUGUUUUUUUUUUUUUUUUUACUGUUGUAUACUUUUGUCUUUGUCCCAGCCGUUUCUAUUCCACAUACACACACUUUAGUUGGGACAUUUGGAAUACAUUCAAACCUUCUAAUUGGAUUCUAUUUGAGGAAUCCAAAUCAAAGCCAAUGAAUAUGGCUUAAAGCUUCUUUUGUUAAAAGGGAUAAUUUAGCACAGCCAGAGCUCCCCCUUUUUUUUACUACCUGAAACAAGAAAUUAUUCCCACCAGCUAUGCAGUGAAGCUGUAUUUGCAUUUGAUUUGGUGCAUGUGGAACAGACCUGUCUGUGUGAAAUGGUCGAUGAGUGAGACAAACCAUGCUAAUCCACACUGAGCCAGCCCAGUGCUCACUUCAUUCUCCUAUUCACUUGUCUGACAUCUUCUGUUCCUGGCCCAUUAGGAAUGACAGGAGGCAGUGCAAUAGGAAGAUAAAAACCUGUUUCCCCUCGUCUCAACCUCAGUAAAAAAGAAACAAGUGAAAAUAGCCAGUGUGAACAUCUUCUUGCAAGGCAGCAAAUUAAUCGACUGCCAUGAAUGAUGAUGUUUUCUUUUCACCCUCUCUUUUUCGUUUUGAAAGGCUUUCACUUUAGUCUCGCAGAUUGUAAAUAGCUCUCUGAAUGCUGUUGAGAGUUAGAUUAAUGCCUCACACUCUGGUAGAGAGAAGCUGGGUGUGAGGGAGGGAUAACAUCUCACGAAUCAAAUAAAGUGUUGGGGAUGAUUGGGAAAAUACCAACAAUGCCUGUGUUUCAUUCAUACGGCGCAUGAUGGCUUCUCCGUUUUCAUUUAAAUGGAAAUCAAUCAUGCCAUAUGAAAGUAAUCUUUCUAUCCAAGAACCCAAGGCACUGGUUGCAUUAUUUGUUCCAAUACAGAGAAGGGACCUUUCUGUGGCAAAGGUUAAAGGGAAAGAGGACAUGCUCCUGUUCGACAUGACAGUAUUACAUUUGUGGCGAGGAGGAGCACUUAUAAUGGAGUUAGCAACACUAGGAAUGCCUACGUGGGGUUAAACACUGGAUUUGUCAAAGCAGGAUCUCACUUUGCUCUUCCACUAAUUCUUGCAGCUAAUCUUGCACUGAAGUGUCGCCUUAAAAAUGAUGCAUCCCAGUUUAUUCAACACAAACAAAUUGGCAGAUGUUUUACUGUUCAUAUUUCAGCACUGUGUGUGUGUGUGUUAUUUCUCAAAACCGUAGCAUUGCCCAGCCUUCAAUAUUUGUUAGCAUUUCAAAGGGAGGACAAUUGGACAAAAAUUGCAGUACAAAACAUUUCAGUUUUUUAUAUCUUUGUAGUCUACAUAUUCAUAUUCACCAUUUCUGUUGGACAAACAAACCACAAUGCAACAACAUUUGAGCAGCAGAGUAUUCUCUUUGAAUGCUUUUUCCAAAAUGUAGAAAGCAAACAGACUUGUAUAAAAAUCCAAAGAGAAAUACAGUAUUUGCCUUCUUCACGCAUGUGACCCAACUCUACUCUGUUAUUCCCUCCUGUAAAGCCUCUCUGCUGUGACACUACUGAUGUCUAAAUGUAACAAAUAUAGCUGUUGAGCUUUGUUUCUUUCUCAACGUGAUGUAUGUGGAAAAGAUUAUUUCUUUUUUAAACUGGCUGAUUCUUCUUCUGUGGUGGCCCUAAGAGCUCAAUAAGAAAACACACACAAAGAGACAAAACACAAGCAAAUGAAGAAAAUAUCCCCAUCAAUUUGACAAUACAUGCACAGCAUUUAGAAAAAAAACGCUGCAGAGUGAGAAAAUACAAUCAAAUACAGAAAACACAACCAAAUACACACAACAGAACCAAAUACGGAUAUGAGCUGCAAAUAGAGAAAACGGAACCAAAUACAGAAACUACUGCGUUUUUUGUAUUUGAUUGUGUUUUGUCUAUUUCUUAGAUCUAUAUCUAAGUUGCAGUGCAUUGAGCUCUCAUGGCCACCGUACUAAAGACAUUGUAUGACCUUACGCAAUUAUUCUAGUUUUUAAUAUAUAUGAUUUUUACAUCUUUACUGAGCUAUGCAUUUGCAUUGUGUCUCGAUGGAAAAGAUAUUGUAUUAGCUAAAUGGCCUGUUUAUAUACUUGUUGAAAUUAAGGGGUGUUGUCUUCUCUCCACUAUUCAUUUAUAAAUGAUGUGUAAAAAAGCUGUGGUGAGUGGGAGUCAGUUAUUUGCCAAAAACAAUUUUAUGUAAAAUAUUUGUAUUUUAGUGUCAUAUUGCAGCAAAAAUGUUUAAAUUUGGUCUUAAGGUUAAAUACUUAUGUUCAUAGGCACUUGUGUAUCCAGAUUAACCCAUACUAUAUGUAUUAUUUGCACCAAGGACAUUCACAGUGGUUGUUUUAUCAAAUUAUUUGCAACGUAUAUAAUACAUGACCUUAUAUCUCAUCAGAAAACAAUUGCUGUAGGUGAUUGUAUAUCAUGAAUUCAUUCUGUCUGCACGGCUGCUUUCUUUUGUUCUGAUAGCAAUUAGAACAGUAAAUACUACUGUAUUAAGUAGGCAUGCUGAACUCUGGAUUGUGUUGAUUUUGACAUUAAAUCUGUUAUAAAAUUUG